UUGUUAGCAGGCGGCUUCUGCUGCAGACAUUUAGACAUGUGCUUAGCUUAAAAUACCAAAAACGAGCGACCUAUGAAAAUAUCGUGAUGUGUUGAGAGCGACAGAGAUAUUUUUGAGGACAUAUUGUAUCCUGGUGGUCUGAUGGAAUGUUAAGUGUAUUUCUUUUAUCUACCUGGACGCACUUGGAAAUUUGUGAUGACCAUCAGGCGCAAAAUGGCGACUCCCUUCUCACCUGAACCUCACUUCACAUGACUAACAUGUGAAUAUGGGCUUCCUAGUGCUGGUAGUAAGAAUCAUGGGAAGGAUCAGCACAUUCAGAUCCUAUCAGUUUCUACUUCUACUGGCUGCAACGUUUGCCGUUAUUGCUUUUUACUACUUUGGCUCUGAGAGGCACAGCUUCUCCAGCACCACAAAGAGGAUAAGACAGACCCAGGCCAACACCAACAGAAAUGAUGCUGACCUAACUGUGGACACCAGGAUUUCACACCUUCCUGCAUCAGACCAGCAAAGAGGGGAAGAGCUAAAUGUAGGAGAGGAAAGUGACAUUUCUAGGUCCAGAAAAGGGAGCUCCGAAGCUGGCGGCCAGCGCUACCAUGCUCUGAUGAUGUUCACUAAGGUGGACAGGAGCGUAAGCCUGCAAGACAAAUUCAGGGUGGCCAUGUUGUCCAUGGUGAAGCUUGCGCAUUUCCUGGAAGGAGAAGUGUUGGUGCUUCAUUUUGUCAGUGAUCAGGUGAGCCAAGAGCUGGGCCAGAGGAUGCUGCAGGAGUUUCUGCAGGAUGCACCAUUUAAAUAUGAGAUCAUCUUCCAUGAUGUGGUGGAACUCACACAGAAGCUCUUCCCCAUCGUUGAGGCCAUGCAGAAGCAUUUCAGUGCAGGAUCUGGAGCGUACUACAGCGAAUCCAUCUUCUUCCUGUCUGUAGCCAUGCAUCACAUCAUGCCUGAGAGUCUGACACGAAUAGUGCAACUCGACCUCGACUUAAAAUACAAGACCAACAUCAGGGACCUUUUCCAGGAAUUUGACAAAUUUCCUCCAGGUGCAGUCAUAGGAAUCGCCAGAGAGAUGCAGCCGGUCUACAGACACACCUUCUGGCUGUAUCGUAAGGAGAACCCCAAUACCAGGGUAGGAGAACCUCCUCCUGAGGGCCUUCCGGGCUUCAACAGUGGUGUGAUGCUGUUGGACCUGAGCGCCAUGAGGGCUUCGACUCUCUACAACCAGCUGCUGAAACCCAGCAAUGUGGCCAAGCUAGCAGACCAGUAUCGCUUUAAGGGCCACCUGGGGGACCAGGACUUCUUCUCAAUGAUUGGCAUGGAGCAUCCUGAACUCUUUUACUCUCUGGCCUGCGGCUGGAACCGACAGCUGUGCACCUGGUGGAGGGACCACGGCUACGGAGAUGUGUUCCAGUUGUAUUACGGUUGUGAUGGGCCCGUUUAUAUCUAUCAUGGGAACUGUAAUUCCCCUAUUCCAGAUGAUUGAACUGAAAAAGACAUUCAUUGUGUAGUAGAGGGAAAUAUUUUUCCUGCUAAUGUGGGAUGUAGGACUUGUUUUCCAGAGACAAUGGCUUUCCUUACCAGUCAUGGAGCCUGCCUCUGCUGGCCAAGAGGAUAUGAAAGGCUGCCAACCAAAUGACUGAUUUUAUGGCUUUAUUUUAUGUUCAGCCUGAAGUCUAAAGCUUCUGUCUUUGACAACAGCAGUGCAGAGGAAGCAUGCUUUUGCAUUGAUGGGAUUGGCUCAUGCAGCGCCUAAUGCCAUGAUAAUACAUUACAUUCCCAACAUCCUGAAUUUUACCCCAAAUGGCUACUGGGCAUGCAGGACAGCACUGAUGACGCCAAAGCAUCAAAAUGUUUCAACAGUUUGAAAGAAAGCAAGCAUCAAUAAGCUGAUGUUCUUCAUGCGGCUGUUUCCGUCUCCAUUCUCAAUGGAUGUAUUUAUUUCCACUGAGGCUUUGCAGAAAGAAGGUCGUCCAGCUUUCUGCCACAGUGCAAAAACACGCAUAACACAUUAAUUAGCCUUUAGCUUCAUCAUUGUUCAUGUAUAUCUAUCUGUCCUCUGUUUCUCAUUAUUAUCCUCUGGUGGACUGGCAACCUGUUGAUGGUGCACACUGACCCUGAAGGCACACACCAGUUCACCCUGUGAGGAUAAAUAUAGCCUGAAAUAUAGAUGGAUGAAUAAUUUAACAGGAAUUCGGCUGACUAGAUGAUACAUUAAAACCACCCCAGCCUUCAUGAGGACACUGGUGUCCUCAUGGACUUACAUGUUUAAAGACUUAAAAUUGUUCUCUGUGUAUUUAAUCCAGGAUAUCUCAUCCCCAUAUUGACAAACCUAAGAUUUACCCAUUUAGUUUAGUUAUUUAUAUAUAUAUUUUUUCAUUGUAUUGUUUCAUUAUUUGUUUAACCUCCAGAAGUUAAGACCUGACUUCGAUUUUAGCAGGUUCAGUGUUAAUAUGGCCAAAAUGUUAUAAAAACUGCAAUACGACAAAGUUAAGUUUGAAGAAGAGGCACUUUGCAAAGAAAAAAGUGUUUGAAGUCUGAUCAAUGUGGAGCCGAACCAGAAGAAAUUAGAGCUUUCAGCAGAUUCUGGGCUGCUGGAGGACAACAUGCAGUCGAAAUGCUGUAGAGCUUAUGUUUUAUUUAACUAAUUUAAGAAAUAAAACCCAAAAGCACAGAGCCUCGGUACUUAUUGAAAAGUCACGUGUAGAUUUGUUCAGAUUUUUUUGUUUUGCAAUGUCACAGACUAUAGGUGAGUCACUGUGCUGCACGGAGCUGCUUUCCGUGAUAUUUUCCCAAUUUUGUUUUUGAACACUGGUGGUCUUUAAAUAACGGCAAAAGUUCUGUCCUCAUUCAAAUGAACAGAUUCACGGAUGCAACCUGACAAAUGAUACAUUACUGAUCUGUCUUUUUGUCAAUUGUGUAAUUUAAAUGAAUGUUGUGUGUUGAAAGCCAUAAGAAUUAUCAAUAACUUAACAUAUAUUGAUUUUGGAGCGUUUACAUUAAUAAAUUUUCUAUUCAGAUUA